AUGAUGUACAACACCUUCACCACCGGUCUCGUGGCUACCCUGCUUGCAGGUGCCCAGAUCGCCUCCGCCCACAUCGAAAUGUCGUAUCCUCCCCCCUUCAGAUCCAAGUUCAACCCCAACGCCGACCCCGGUAGCAUCGACUACUCCAUGACGGCUCCCCUCAAGGAUACCGGUGCCGACUAUCCUUGCAAGGGCUACCAGGUCGACUUUGGCACUCCUUCCGGCAAGAGCACCGCUACCUUUGUCCCUGGCCAGACCUACAACAUGACCACUGCCGGCACUGCCACCCACGGCGGCGGUUCUUGCCAGCUCUCUCUCAGCUACGACAAGGGCGCUACCUUCACCGUCAUCGAGUCCUACAUUGGUGACUGCCCUCUUGCUGGCAAGUACGACUUCACCAUCCCUGCCGAUGCUCAGUCCGGCGACGCCAUCUUUGCUUGGACCUGGCACAACAGAAUCGGCAACCGCGAGAUGUACAUGAACUGUGCCCCCGUCACCAUCGCUGCUAACAACAAGCGUGACGUUGCUGGUGCCGCCUUCUCCACUCGCCCUCAGAUCUUUGUCGCCAACGUCGGUAACGGCUGCAAGACCGACGAGAACUUUGACGUCCAGUACCCCCAGCCCGGCCCUAAUGUGGUGAAGGCUUCGGAUGCUCCCCUCAAGGGCCCUGAGGGCAGCUGCGGUGCCUCUGCUGCUCCUGCUGGUGGCUCUGACUCUGGCUCUGGCUCUGGUUCUGGUUCUGGUUCUGGUUCUGGUUCUGGUUCUGGUUCUGGUUCUGGUUCUGGUUCUGGUUCUGGUUCUGGUUCUGGCAGCGGUACCUCCAGCUCCAGCUCUGUCGCUGCUGCUCCCGUCACCACCAGCGCUGCCGCUCAGACCAGCGCUGCUGCUGGUGGCAACCCCGGCGGUAUCUUCAUCACUGCUCCCUCGGAUGGUUCUAACCAGGGCGGCAUCUUCCUCCCCUCCGCCACCGACAUCGUCAACGCCCCUAGCUCCAGCGCCGCCGCUGUCGUGAGCUCCGCCUCUGUCUCCGUUCCCGCCGUUGCCACCUCUGCUCCCGCCGUCGCUACCACCCAGGCUCCCGUUCAGACCACCCUCCAGAGCAUCGCCAAGCCCAGCACCACCGUCGUCAGUGCUCCCGCUCCUAUUGCGACCGGCACCGCUCCCGGCAAUGGCACUGGCUCUGGUUCUGGCUCCGGCUCUACUGCUGGUGCCUACGCCGUUGGCACCGCCUGCACCACCGAGGGCGCCUGGAACUGCAUCGGCGGCUCUUCUUUCCAGCGCUGCGCCAGCGGCGCCUGGUCUGCCGUCACGCAGAUGGCUGCCGGCACUAGCUGCUCCGCCGGCGAGAGCGCCCAGCUCAAGAUGAUCGCCAAGAAGCACCUUGGUCGUUACCAGAGGCGUCAUGGGUAUGCUCACCUCUCCAACUAA